UUCAGGGGGCGGGAGGUGGAGCCCCGCCUGAGAGUGGCACCGCGCGGAGAUCAGCUUGAGCCAUGAAGGGCUGGCAGAGCGGCUGCCUCAGCCGGGCCAGGCGGCUGUGGGUCUUCCGCGGGGAGAUGGCGGGAGGCUGGGCGGCGUGCCGGCGCGCCUUGAGUUCCUGUAACCACUAUAGACAGCCUCCUCAAAUAGUCCAAACACCCUUCCUUAAGAGGUGUAAAGAUCAGUUAAAAUAUCAUAUAUUUGUUAGUUUGGUUCAAGCGAGGAACACAAUGUUACUCACAGAGCGACAUUACAGCAUGUCACAAACAACAGUCGAUCCAAAGGAGAUGAAAAAAUUCCAACUCCUGGCACAUAAAUGGUGGGAUGAGCACGGAGAUUAUGCAGCUCUUCAUUCUAUGAAUGAUAUUAGAGUGCCAUUUAUUAGAGAUACUGUUUUAAAUAUGAGAAAUGAUCAUCAGCCUGGAAGCCCUCUCUCUGGUGUGAAGAUCCUGGAUGUUGGCUGUGGUGGUGGAUUGUUAACUGAGCCACUAGGUAGACUGGGAGCUUCGGUUACUGGGAUUGAUCCUCUGGAAGACAGCAUUAGAACAGCAGAACUGCAUAAAUCGUUUGAUCCAGUCCUGGCUAAGAGAAUACAGUACAAAUCCUGUACGCUAGAGGAUAUUGUGGAAGAGGCAUCAGACACAUUUGAUGUCAUUGUAGCUUCUGAAGUUGUAGAACAUGUGGCUGAUGUGGAAAUGUUUAUCAGGUGCUGCAGCAAAGUGUUAAAACCGGAAGGCUCCUUAUUUAUUACUACAAUCAACAAAUCACAGCUGUCCUACAUCUUUGGCAUUGUGGUAGCUGAGAGAGUUUUGGGCAUCGUUCCGACAGGCACCCAUGAUUGGGAGAAGUUCAUACCGCCUGAGGAGCUAGAGAGGCUCCUAGAGUCAAAUGGCUUUUUAGUCAAGACAGUGAAAGGAAUGCUGUACAACCCCCUGUUUGGGUCCUGGAGCUGGACUGAAAGCACUAGUAUUAACUAUGCACUCCAUGCUGUAAAAUCAGAUAUACAGGAACAAGUGGAUCCAAAUCUAGAGACAGACAAGAGCAGCUCCAGACCAAAACUAUGGCAUCAGAACCUCCAGCUAAGACGUUAUAGCAAGAGGUAGUAGGAAGUUGGUGGAAGAUUUUCAUAAAUGACUGUAAUGAACCAGGAAGGAACAAGCAGUAUUGUGUUCACAGUGCUGGAUGUUAGAAUGUGUCUGCCAGUCUGUCUUGUGGUAAAGAAUGGUUCAUUCUCCACAGUAUCAGAUCUACAAAGCACUCAGAGAUGAGUUAUGUUAAAUAAUGAGUCAAUUGUAUACCUACAGA